AUGCCCUUCUCCACCACAGCCAGGGCAGCAGACGAGAACUUCGACUAUCUCUUCAAGAUCAUCCUCAUCGGGGACUCCAACGUGGGCAAGACGUGCGUGGUGCAGCAUUUCAAGUCAGGGGUCUACAUGGAGACCCAGCAGAACACCAUCGGGGUGGACUUCACCGUGCGCUCCCUGGAGAUCGAGGGCAAGAAAGUGAAGAUGCAGGUGUGGGACACGGCAGGCCAGGAGCGCUUCCGGACCAUCACCCAGAGCUACUACCGCAGCGCCCACGCCGCCAUCAUCGCCUAUGACAUAACGCGGCGGUCCACCUUUGAGUCCGUGCCGCACUGGAUCUGCGAGAUCGAGAAGUACGGCGCCGCCAACCUGGUGGUGAUGCUCAUCGGAAACAAGGCUGACCUGUGGGACCAGCGGCGUGUCCUCUUUGAGGAGGCCUGCACACUGGCCGAGAAGCACGGACUCCUGGCGGUGCUGGAGACGUCGGCCAAGGAGUCCCGGAACAUCAACGAGGUCUUCCUGCUUAUGGCCAAGGAGCUCAUGGCUCGCCACAGCCCACACCUGUGCCCGGUGCCCAGCCUCGGGGGCCUGGCGCUGGACUCCAGCCCCAUCCUCCUGGCCCAGGGCCCGAACCCGCAGGCCCGCUGCUCCUGCUGA